CCAAUAUACGCGUUGUGUUACAAGUGAUACCGCUGGCUAGUAUAGCUCAGACGCCGAAUAGCAGCGACUUCGUAAUACACAGCGCACGGGGCGCAGUCCACGAGUGGAUGAUCGCUGUAUUCGAUCGCGGACAAAAUGUCACGGCACGGAUCGAGAGGCCAUCGACCACGACGACAAUCCGCGUGACUAUCGACCGCCGCAGCGACCGCGAGAAGACGAGAGAGAGAAGAGCGAGCAAGAACAGGAGGAAGAAAAAAGGAAAUGCCACUGCGAUCGCGAAAAACUGGAGCACGCGAGGGUAACGGCGACAAAAGAGUCACGAUCGCUUGCGUAAGGAUGAAGGCGAUAUCGACGAUGAUACGCCAUAACGAGAGGAGAAGAUGAUUGCCAGUCGGAAAAUUGGUCAGCCGCGCGAGCCACGGCUACCGACCGGUCGGAUUUUAUAAACAAUAACACGAUACUGGUAUACGGCGCUCGACGCGCGAUCGUGCAGUCUGCAAAGCGUACCUGUAUAAUAUCAACACGAGAGACAACACACACACUUACUUGCGUACGCGCGCACAGGACGAGACAAAGUGUGGAUACAACGCCGAGGUUAUCGCCGUAUAUAAUCACGCGUACGAUUAAAAGGGUGACAUCGUUACGAUUGCGCGCGUAAACAUAUCAGUUAUAUACACAUCAAAAACAAAUCUCGCUCGAUUGUCCAAGGCGCCAAUAGGUGUAACCCCCAAGGCGGAGAAGAAGACGACGAAGCGGAAGAGAAAAGACUGAGGAAACUCUGACCGAAGAAUCAGAGGAAUGUGCGUUAGAUAGACGUGUCGACUUGUAUUGAUAAACAACAAAAAAAAGAAACAGUAUUACGAGUGUGUGUGUGUGUGUGUGUGUGCGCGCGCGAAUAUUCAUGAAGAAAAAGAGAUAUACAAAAAUCACGAAUCGGACAUAUCACUGGCCCGCGCACCGAUGAAUCUAUAACCGAGCUGUAGAUUGAUAAACUCGAGGUGCGCGACGAUACUUUUGGGGGGGAUUUUUUUUCUUACUUCAAAAAAAGUCUGCUUUAGUGUGAUUCGAAGAAAAAAAAAUAAUCGACAAUAAUAACGAUCAGUGCGUGAGUGUGAAAAAAAUUAAUUAAAUCAAAUAACUGCGAGUAUAAUAAUAAAGUGUGUAAGUGUGUUUGUGUGUGUAUACGUGUUUUGCCUAUGAACAGGUGUGCGUCUGUGUGCGUGCGCGAGUUGAUACGACUUAAUUAAGUUCGCCGCGCGCGUCUCGUCUGUCUCGCGCGCGAAUCGCGAAUACACAUUUGACCGUAUAUCAUAUCCGAAAUAUGGGUUGCGGACAGAGCAAGAUCAGCAGCGACGGUUCGAAGAAAGACAAGAAAAGCAAGAGCGGCUCGAAACGCAAUGGAUUCUCGUCGUCACGUUCGGCCUCGUUGACGCAGAAGGAGAACGGCAGAAACAGACGGCCCGACAGCGGCGGCAGCGAGGUCAAUCGCAACGACGCCAAUGACGACAAGACGAGGAGGCCCGUACCGCCGGGUGGCCCUCUCGUUCAGCAAACCGAGGUGUCGACCAGCCAGAUAGACUUCUUUCGCAUGCUGGACGAAAAAAUUGAAAAUGGUCCCGACUUCGACGAGACCGACGACAGCUACAGUAUUCUGCAUCACUUGAAGUCGCCGCGUGCGAAAAGCCUGGCCUUGUCGAUGCUUGCGUCGUUGCCGCAACCAGAGGCAGCCACCACCACCAUCACCACCAGCAGCACCACCAGCAGUAGCAACACAAGCGUUGCUGGAAGCGGCGGUGCCAAACGGCGACCCAGCAGCACUCCGAUCACCAUCAAGCGCAGCAGCCACGAGGCCGACAAGAUCGACGGCAUCAGCAGCGAUCAGCGACACCAUCAUCAUAAUCAGGCCGGUGGCAACGGCGCCGCCAAGAUACAGACGGCCAAUCUGCCCAAGCACCUGCUCGAGCCGAUCGCCCAGAGCCCCAAGUCCUACACGUCGACCAGGACCAGUCCGCCCGACCAGGACGAGGGACAAAGCAGCGGUGGCAACAGCAGCAGCAGCAGCAGCAAGCGCUCGUCCACCACCGUCACGAGGACGUCGCCGCAACAGCAACAGCAACAACAACAACAGUCGUCGCAAUCCGGAGGCGGCUGCGACUUUGGCGUUAAGAUCAGGGGCCGGCUGAAGGGCGCCGAGCUGCUCGAGCAGUGCGCCAAGGAGAGCCGCCUGGUCCCCGAGUGCGACAGGCCCGUACCCAUGGUCUAUCCGUAUCGGCCGGACCACGACUCGAGGACGUACGAGCGGAUCCACGGCACCAGCAACUCCUGCGACUUCGCGGUGCGCAUAAGGGGCCGCGCCACCGGCGCCGAGGCGCUCGAGCAGGCCAUCGAGCAUCAGCAGCAGCGCAACAGGAACUCGAGCGCCUCGUCGUCGUCUUCGUCGUCCUCGUCGUCGACGUCGACGUCGUCGUCGAGGUCGUCCGCGGUGUCUUAUCGACGCGAGCCGCCGGAGAAUCCGCUGGUGGCCGCCUUCGACGAGAACACCCUGGCGUUGCAGAGGGACGCCGAGAGGAGGAGGCAGCGCCAUCGCAAUCACAAGUUGUGAUCGCUUCUCGUUCGUCGUAGUAGUAGUAACAGCAGCAGUAGUAGUUGUAGUAGUAGUGACCACCAGACUCUUGGAUUGUGAACGCGAACAUUCAAAGCGACCGUAGUAUACCCUUGUUUAUAAUAAUAAUAAUAAAAAUAUAUAUGUACGUAUGAUAUAUAUAUAUAUCUAAUUACCGAAGACUGAUGUG